GGUUUUGGGAUGACCACACCAGCGACAGUGGCCGGAAAAGUUUUCCUCAUUGUUUAUGGCCUUUUUGGGUGUGCUGGGACUAUCCUCUUCUUCAACCUCUUCUUGGAGCGCAUCAUCUCUCUCCUGGCAUUUAUCAUGAAGGCAUGCCACGAGAGGCAGCUGCGAAGGAGCGGCCUCCUGCCCCCCAACUUCCGAAGGGGCACAGCUAUGUCGGGGGUGGGCAGCCUUGUGGGGUGGAAACCAUCAGUUUACCACGUGAUGCUGAUUUUGGGAAUUUUUGCUAUUACCCUUUCCUGCUGCGCCUCUGCAAUGUACACAGCGGUGGAAGGAUGGAACUACAUCGACUCCUUGUACUAUUGCUUUGUCACCUUCAGCACCAUUGGCUUUGGAGAUCUGGUAAGCAGCCAAAACGCUGCCUACCAAAACCAGGGAUUGUACAGAUUCGGAAACUUCAUCUUUAUACUGAUGGGGGUAUGUUGCAUAUACUCUCUUUUUAACGUCAUCUCGAUCGUGAUCAAGCAAGUUUUGAACUGGGUGUUGAAAAAAUUCGAGUGCAGAUGUUGCCCAAAGUGCCAUAAAUCAAGUGCCCGCCUGGGACGUCGCAACGCCAUCACCCCCGGAGCCCGCCUGCGCCGGCACAACAUCUCGGUGGAGGCUGACGGGCAGUACGACAGUGACACCGAGGGGAGGAGACUCUCUGGGGAGAUGAUCUCCAUGAGGGAGCUCACAGCAUCGAAUAAAGUCUCCCUGGCCAUUCUGCAAAAGCAGCUGUCCGAGACGGCCAACGGCUACCCCAGGAACGUUUGUAUCAAUACGAGACAAAACGGUUUCUCCGCGGGGGUGGGUGCUCUAGCCAUCAUGAACAACCGCUUGGCGGAAACGAGUGAUUCUAGGUAG